AUUCCGCGCGAGCCACAGGGAGGCAGAAGGACCGCGGAGCCAACAGCACGCCAGUGCCGAGCCUGCAGGCGCCAGCGGAGCCCGCGUGGAGGGAGCCGCCGAUUGAUCCUGCAAGAUGAACACCCUGCUGUCCCGGGCCAACUCGCUGUUCGCCUUCACGCUGAGCGUCAUGGCGGCGCUCACCUUGGGCUGCAUCCUCACCACCGCCUUCAAAGACAGGAGCGCGCCCGUGCGCCUGCACGUCUCCAGGAUCCUGCUCAAAAAAGUGGAAGACUUCACUGGACCCAGAAAGAAGAGCGACCUGGGCUUCAUCACAUUCCACAUCUCUGCGGAUCUGGAGAAGACUUUCGACUGGAACGUCAAGCAGCUCUUCCUUUAUCUGUCGGCAGAAUAUUCCACCAAAAGCAACGCUGUGAACCAGGUGGUCCUCUGGGACAAGAUCCUUCUGCGAGGCGAGAACCCCAAGCUGAACCUGAAAGACGUCAAAAGCAAGUAUUUUUUCUUUGACGAUGGACACGGUCUCAAGGGAAACAGGAAUGUCACUCUGACUCUCUCCUGGCAAGUUAUACCGAUUGCUGGGAUCCUGCCUCUUGUGACUGGAUCUGGACGCGUGUCUGUCCCUUUUCCAGAUUCCUAUGAAAUAGCCACGACUUUUUGAAGAACUCUCUCUCUUUGCCUCGGAAAUGGGACAUGUGUGUACCUAAGGAAUCGUGGUUUAAAACUGUCAAGAAUUUGAAGAAACUCGUGCUGUAACAAUUUAUGUGUUGCAUUCGUGCAUGUUUACAGUGAAUGUGGUUUAGAAGCAGACGUUUGUUCAUCUCUUGUAAAGCAUGCUUGAUUCCUGGCCGGGGGGGGGGGGGGGCAGUUCAUGUGAUCAUUUGUUAGAUACCGGAAGUGGUGGAAAUAAGGUGGCUAACAAGUUUUCCUGAAGAGUGAAUAUUUGUUUAGUUUGGAAAUCACUGUAACACAGUUAAUGGCUGAAUGUCUGAGAAAUAACGAGUCUUUCCAGGUUUUCCCUACAAAUGUUUUAUGUGUUUUACAUUUUUUUGAAAAAAGUAAUGUUUUAACAUUGUCAGUGAAAGUUGAAAAUAUUUGCAUGAUUUCUCCAUUGAGUGAAGCUUGUUUCAGUCUGUAUGCUUACUACCACUAGGUGCUAAUUAUGUACAAUUCUUUGCAAGUCUCUCUUUUAAUGACUAUUGGAGUGAUAUUAGCUCUCAUAGUUUAAUUUUUCAUUUACAAACUCUCUUCUAUGUUAUUGUUUUCUAUUACCAAUAAUCUCGGGAUGUAUGUAAUAGCAACAUGGGCUCUUUACAAAUGAAGACCGAGGAAUCAUUUCAAGCUUAAAUAGCUAGCAAAACAUGGAGUCAAACUUUAAUCUUGGAUAACUUCAUUCUGUAAGUUUAGUCCAUCCCUUAUCCCUGAGAUGACAUCAUGGUACAAUUUCAUUUGUAACUUGCAUUGUAUUUUUGUAACCCUGAAACCCUUUGUCUUGAUGUUUCUGAUUUUAUGUAAAAGUAGCUUGUGUUCAAGUUGAAAAAAAAAAGGAAAAACUUCUGUAGAAAUAUAUCUCCUUUCACUCUC